CAAGAGGUCACAUGACUGAUGACGUCCCGCCAGAGUGACUUCAGUGGAAGGAAGCCGAGUUCUAGUGAAACGCCUUUAACGGAGCCGGGAGGCAAAGAGGACAAAACCAGGGAGCUUUAAGUUACAUUUAGGCGGUUGAAUACAAAAUAAAGAGAAGAAAUGCCAGCAGACAUUGCUAAAGGCAAGAAGGCUUUUGUCCAGAAGUGUGCCCAGUGUCACACUGUGGAGGAUGGUGGAAAGCAUAAGGUUGGACCUAACCUUUGGGGUUUGUUUGGACGGAAAACAGGCCAAGCAGAGGGCUACUCUUAUACUGAUGCCAACAAAAGCAAAGGCAUCAUUUGGAGUGAGGACACCCUGAUGGUUUAUUUGGAGAACCCCAAGAAAUACAUUCCAGGUACAAAGAUGAUCUUCGCGGGGAUCAAAAAGAAGAAUGAACGAGCCGACCUCAUAGCAUAUCUCAAGUCUGCCACUUCAUAAAGAAUUCUUCUUCGGUGUCAUUUUUGUUUCUUGACAAACUGCUCAAGAGACCAGGACUUGAUUUAACAAAAGCCAGAACAGGAACUCAUUGGAGUGGUGUUGGCAAGAUAAGUUGCCACUCUUGUCACCUGAAUCUCUGUUUCUGAUAUUGCUCACCCCCUUGUGGUGGAGUAAAUAACAUGUCCUGGUUUUAACAGGUUCCUUUUCUAUCCUAAAUUAUUGAUCAAUAUACUGUGCAUGCAGAAUGUAGGGACUGAAAGCUCUGUUUGUUAGCUGUCAUCAACUGUUUUUUCUGUGUUUCUUGGUUUACAAUUGAGAUGUCUUAAUUAUCCCAAGAAUGAAUAUGCCUUGUCUGCUUUGAUACCUCAAUCAUCUUUUGUCAUUUUUGAAUUUAGAAGUUGAAUAAAAUUGACACUAAAAAUUG